GUACUUAUAACUGUUUCCUCAUACGUGAUUUUCUUCUCAUACAACAUCGUAGGAGGAUAAUUACCUGUAUAGGAGGACGCCCACAAGCUACUUGGUAAUUGUAUUCUACUCCAAGGUGCCUGCAAUUCAUUUGUUUAACUACUCAGAGGGGCAUUGGAUACUUCUAUAGCCACGCCUGGAGCAGCAUUUCCUACAGGCUGUGGGACAGAACUUGGUCGUCAUCGAACGCAAGCUUGGGCGGGACAAUACGCAAAGUUGGGGGAAUGUUUGAAGGGCAGUUAAACCAUCACAUUCCUGCUCUUCUCGUCCUGUGGCGGGCCGCGGCGAUGACACUGCACACAUCCGCUCGUCGCGCUGCGGACGGCGCCGUGUCACUGUCCUCAGCGGUGACCCGACGAGGGCCGAACGGCACCCAUGGCCACCAGGCCGAACCCCCACUCCUCAGGCCUCAUCGCGGCCGGCUUCUGGCCACACCGACCCUAGCGGAGGUCUCGCCUGCUUCUGGCCCAUCUCGACUAGCGGGGCGGCUUAGCGGUGGAGGGUUAGCAGACGGCAGCUGCGGUCAAACCCGCGCAUCGUCCUCCUGGGGGGCCCUGCGGAGUCGGCUGGCGCCCACGGCGGCAAGGCUGGCACUGCCCAUGGCAGCAGCGGGUGUGGCGGUGGCGGCAGGGGGUUACGACCAGCUACACAGCAGCAUCACCGCCGGCGGACCCACGGGUCACCACCAACCGCCCCUCUCCCUCGGCGCCUCCCACGUGAUCCAUGGCUCGGGCGCCGCGCCGCCACUCGCGCUGGCUGACAUGCGCGCUGCUCGGGAGGUGCUCGACGCGCGGGGUUUCGCCCACCCGGGCCUGCAGCCGGGGGCAGCAUGGGGCGCGCUGCCCACCACCGUCGGCAGCAGUAAGAAUGAGCUGCACGUCAUGUUCGAGUACGUGAUGCUGUUCCCCGCCUAGGAGAGAGAGAUAGAGCGCUUUAGGAGGAAGAGACCUGGGGCGCUUUGCAGGCCUGGGUGCGACUGUGGGGGAUCCUGUGGGGGAUCCUGGAGCUUGAGCUUGAGGAGGGCGGCAUCCUACUGCUUUUGAUGCUAUGCCUCCUCCUCCUGCCGUCCUGGACAAUCGUAAUCCCAGGCGAUAACAGUUGAUGGUGUACAUGUAUGGAGGUCUGUCGUGCGUAAGCCAUCGCUUGCGCACUUGGUGUUGUGAAAGAAGACAUAUGAUCAGGCUGUUAUGAUCUACUACAAAGUGUUGUACGGCAGGACAGCUAGAGCAAUUUGGUAUUAAUAACGUCGUACAACUUUGGUGGUCGAAAAGCCGAGUAGGUGUCGGUUGAGUCUGCGGGGUGCAAUGGUUGCUGCUGUGCGCUUCUUGUAGCUCGAUUAAUGGCUUUUGCCGACAAUGUCGCUUGAUAAUUCCCCGUUUAGCAUUAGCUUUGCUGUGAGUCGUUGAGGAUAUGCGGUACUUUAUUUGGAGCGGAUAUGCGAUAUGUAAAGAUGCGAGAAGCGGUGAUAACGAAAGGGGCCCCCGGGGUGGCAAGGGUUCUUCAUGCGCGCAUGUGCGUUUGCAUGGGCUCUGAUGGUGGGCCGGAGGGCACCCGAAGACACCGUGUUGGCAUCGUCUGUCUUGACCGGAGAUCCGGCUGCUGCUGGUACUGGUACUGCUGUGAUGGUGAGCAAAAGUAUGCAAAUGUUGUCUUGAUGCGGCUGGUGUGCGGGAUGGAUGCUAUGCAGGUGAGAUGAGAGCAACAUUUGCGGUUGCUGCCGUUGAUCUUGUAACGGUGCGCUUUGGUGCACUGCACUGAUGUUUUGUUUUGCUUUGUUGCUGAUCUGGGCAUUGGUCCCCUGUAAGGAAGGCAUGUGGGCAGACACAUGGUACGUUGCCGUAGGGUGCUGUCGUCUGUGGGGCGGAUUGCAUCCUCAUGCGUGCCUUGCUCUGCCUCUCUGUCCCGUCGUUUCAAAUUGUAGGGAUGUGUGGCGUUUUGGGGUGUUUGGCUUGAAGGGAGGUUCGCGCGUGCGGCGUGCGACUGUAUUGUGAUGAAGUACGUGUGCGUUAUGCUUGUGAGUGUGAGAGGAAAUGAGGGGGAGAAAAGGCAGAGAUUGCAAGCAGAGUGGAAUGAUAUUGUUGAGACUAGGUGAGCUGAUAGAUUUAGUAGCGGUAGGCUGGCUUAGGAUGAGCCGUCUGGCUCGGCUCGUGACUUCUGUUAAGCUGGAUGAGGGCAUGGGUGCAUGUGGUUUGCAGGGCCUCGUGCUCUGCACAGAUGCAUGAAACACAGCAGGACUAGCUGCUACUAGUGCGGUCAAGCAUGUAACACACUGAAACAG